AUGUCAAGUCCAGCACGGCGCCGUUUAAUGCGGGAUUUCAAGAGAAUGCAACAAGAUCCACCAGCAGGAGUCAGUGCGUCACCGAUUGCAGACAAUGUUAUGUUAUGGAACGCGGUGAUUAUUGGUCCGGCAGAAACACCGUUUGAAGACGGGACAUUCCGGCUUGUUAUGCAAUUUGAUGAACAGUAUCCAAAUAAACCUCCGGUCGUGCGUUUUCUUUCAAAAAUGUUCCACCCAAACGUUUAUACAAACGGGGAACUGUGUCUUGAUAUCUUGCAGAACCGCUGGUCCCCAACAUAUGAUGUAGCAGCCAUCCUUACGAGUAUUCAAUCAUUAUUAAAUGAUCCAAAUAACAAUUCGCCCGCAAAUGCAGAGGCAGCCCAACUUAACAAAGAUAACAAAAAAGAAUAUAUAAGACGUGUUAAAGAAACAGUUGAGUGGUCGUGGGAAUAA